CUGAAGGGCACGGUAGCAGUACAGCCAAUUGACGAAAGGAGACAGAGCUGGGCACAGAAGUGAGGAGCAGGAGAUGGACUCAGAUCCCACAGGAAGUGAUGUCGACGAGGACGUGGCCCUGCAGUUUGUAAUCCAGGAGAGCCUGCUGGACUGUGACAGGCCUGGGGACCGUGUGGAUCCCUUCCCAGAAGUCAGCCACAGGGUCAGUGAAAAUGCAGAAAAAGACAAGAUCUUCACAGCCAUAAGAAUGGGUGAGUUAGGAACUCUGCGCAGGCUGGUCCCCUGUCGGCAGACUUUCGGGGAGGCAGACAGCAGAGGCUGGGUCCCGCUACAUGAGGCUGCGGUACAGGGCAACAGGACCAUCCUGGAGAUGACCUUCGCAGCAUCCCCUCCAGGGGCGGAACAGGUGCGGACCCUGCAGGGGAAGACGCCCCUCUUCCUGGCUGUGGAGCAAGGCCUAGAGGAGAAUGCCAGCUUCCUGCUGCAGAAAGGAAGCAGCCCAGACAGCCAGGACGAGGACGAGGACUCCCCCCUCGUCGCAGCAAUAAAGACUGACCAGUAUGACAUGGCCGGGCUUCUGCUGCGCUUCAAUGCCAAAGUCAACCAGGAGGGGGCACACCGUAGGACUGCACUCCACGAAGCUGCUCGCCUCGGCAGGGAGAAGUUUGUGCAGCUGCUCCUGCAGUCCGGUGCUGAUCCAGACCCCCGCAGCGCAUUCGGCCUCACCCCCCUGGCAUUGGCAGCCCAGAGUGGACACCUGGAAAUUACUGAGAUUCUGCUUCAAAACGGGGCUGAUGUGGAGUCUCAGGCACUGGACUCUGCCACCAUCCUGUUUGAGGCGUGUGCCUCUGGUGACCCUGCAGUUAUAUCGCUACUGCUGGAGUAUGGUGCAGACCCCAACGUACCCAAGAACACAGGCCACCUGCCCAUCCACCGCGUGGCACACCGUGGCCACCUGCAAGCUCUGGAGAUCCUGAUCCCUGUGACAACCUUUGAGGCAGUGGAGGACAGUGGCAUGAGCCCUCUGCACUCGGCGGCUGCUGGCGGCCACCCGGAGUGCCUGGAGCUGCUGCUGAACGCUGGCUAUGACACCAACUUCAUGCUGGAGCCCUGGGUUCGCCGCAACUACCACGACCAGCGCAAAUCGGCCCUGUUCUUUGCCGUCUCCAACGGUGAUAUGCGCUCAACGCAACUGCUCCUUGAGGCCGGUGCCCUGCCCAACCAGGACCCCGUCAAGUGCCUGCAGGUGGCGCUGCGCCUGGGCGACCUGGGCCUUGUACGCAUAUUGCUGCGCUAUGGCGCCAACGUCAACUACUACUCCCGCGUCAACACCACCCACUUCCCCUCCGCCCUGCAUUACGCCAUGAAGGACGAGGUGCUGCUGCGCAUGCUGCUGAACUAUGGGUACGAUGUGCGCCGCUGCUUCGACUGUCCUCAUGGAGAGGGCUCCCACGUACCCAGCGACUAUGAGGGCUGGACCCCCUCGGUCAUAAAGGACACCAUGUUCUGUGAGGUGGUCACAGUAUACUGGUUGAGGGAUAUCUCUGCUCGCCUGGUACGCAUCAUGUUGGACUACGUCGACCACGUCACUUUCUGCUCUAAGCUGAAGGCCGCUCUCAUGGAACAGGAGGAGUGGCCGGACAUUUGCAGGAUUCAAGAGAACCCGCGCAGUCUGCAGCACCUGUGCAGGCUGAAGAUCCGGCACUGCCUGGGCCGCCUGCGCCUCCGGGCCCCCGUCUUCAUGAGCUUCCUCCCUCUGCCUGACCGCCUCAAGGACUACGUUCUGUACCGCGAAUACGACUUCUACAGCCAGGGCAGACCAGCAGGGCCACAGUGAUCUGCCUGCAUGCGCACACACACACACACACACACACACACACACAAACACACACACACACACACACACACAAACA